AUGAACAGUCUUCUAAAAGCAGUGCAAGCCAACAGCACGCGAAUGUUGGCAGAACUCUUGAACGGGCCUACGUCUGCUGGAGAGGUGCAAGGCGCCCUGUUCUACGCUUGCCAGGAAGGUCUGGCAGACUGUGCCAGGUGUUUGUUGCAGCAAGGAGCAGCGGAUCCAAACACCAGGAACGUCAGUGGAAAUACGCCCUUGUACUUGGCCGUCAAGGAGGGACACACAGAUGUGGUGGCCGCCUUGUGUGAAGCUGGUGCCAAGGUGGACGCUACAGUCGGGAACAACACGGCCCUGCUUGCGGCAGCCAAAUGGGGAAGGGACGAUUGCAUGGAGAUACUUUUAGAACGUGGCUGCAGUAUCAACGUUGCGGACUCCACUGCCAGCACCGCUUUGAUCUUGGCCGUGAGAAACAAAAACUACGUCGCCAUUGGUAACCUGAUCAGGGGAGGCUGUGAACUUGACUGCCGGGACAACCAAGGUCGGACUGCACUCCAUUAUGCCUGUCAUACGGCGGUGGCCGUUGAUCAGUUGUUACGAGCAGGUGCGAGUGUGAACGUGCGCGAUGACCAGGGUUGUACCCCCUUGCUGAUGGCUGCCAGUGAGGGGCUAGAGCGUGUUGUGCACAGUCUGUGUCAGUGUCCGGGCAUUGAUGUCAACAUCCCCAAUCUCUGCGUCCAGAAAACUCCACUGCAUUUACUAGCGUAUAAAGGCCAUUUAAGAUGUGUUCAAGAUCUCAUUGUUGCCGGGGCGGAUACCAAUCUGCUAGAUUCAGAGUCCAGAAGCCCUUUGUGGUACGCUGUGGCCAACGGCCACCGUGAUAUAACUGCCCUGUUGCUUCGGGCAAAUGGUCACGUGGAUACAAACCAGUGUCCAGAGAAACAUCCUGCCCACGCUUGCCCCGUGAAACUUGCUAUAGAGAAGGGUCGUGUGGAUAUCCUCAAGCUGUUUAUUCUCAGUGGGUACGACAACAAACACAUCCGAGAGUAUCUGGCCUCCCCGGCAGUGCAGCUACUUUUCGCUGAUAACCAGGUAACUCACUGGCUACAUCAUGCCCAAGAGUGA